AUGCGGCUCCUUCCCUGUUGGGGCCUUUUGUCGCUUCUCGCGUUUAUACCCCAAUCAACACUCGCUUCAGUGCUGGCAAUCGACUAUGGUACCGAAUUUAUGAAGGCCUCUUUGAUGAAGCCAGGCGUGCCCUUUGAUGUUCUGCUGAACAAGGACUCGAGGCGGAAGAUACAGUCUACGGUGGCAUGGAAAAAGACUGACAGGCUGUUUGGCCAGGAUGCUUUGAAUCUGGCUUCUAGGUUUCCUUCCGACUCUUUUUCUUCUGUCAAAUAUCUACAAGCCGCCCCAUUCGAUUCAGAAGCAGUGUCCUACUACACCAAAAUAUCGACUGCAAAUAUCAUCCCCACGCACAGAGGUACUGUUGCACUCAAGCAAAGCGAUGGCACAGAGUGGAGUACGGAGGAGCUCAUUGCAAUGCAAUUUGCAUACGUCAAGCAACUAGCUGAGGCGGUCGGGAACGAAAAGGUCCGCGAUGUCAUUGUCACCGUUCCUCCGUACUACUCCCAGUUCGAGCGUGACGCCGUUGUGGACGCCAUUGAGAUUUCAGGCCUACGGACUCUUGCUCUUAUCAACGAUGGUACCGCUGUCGCCGUCAACUACGCCAUGACACGCUCGUUCCCAACGCCGGAAUAUCACAUCAUUUACGAUGCAGGUGCUUCUUCCAUUCGGGCGACUGUCACCGGCGUUGCUGGUACGAGCAUUGCGGUUGCUGGGGUAGGAUAUGACCGCACGGUUGGAGGGACAGAGCUGGACAGGCGUCUGCGGGAGAUUUUUAUAGAAAAAUUCAAUGGGAAGUACAAGAAGAAUCUCAGAGAGGAUAAGAAGGGUAUGGCGAAGCUUUGGAAGGAAACAAACCGGGUGAAGGGUAUCCUGAGUGCCAAUACUGAAGCUACUGCGAUUGUCGAGAGCUUGGCAUGGGAUAUCGAUUUCCGAGAAACAAUCAAUCGAGGCAUCUUUGAAGCCGCAUGCGAAGAUCUCAAACCCAUAUUUGCCCAGCCCAUUCACGAUGCCCUCCACAACGCUGGGUUGACAAUAGAUGAAAUUAAAUCCGUCAUUCUUACUGGUGGAAGUUCUCGGACGCCCAUGAUCCGGGCUUCAGUGAAAGCCGCUGUUGGAGGGAAUAAGAUUGCUCUCAACGUGAAUGGUGAUGAAGCGGCAGUUCUGGGUGCCGCCCUUCAUGGUGCUGGUCUAAGCCGACAGUUUAAGACCAAGAACAUAAAGGUGUCGGACAUCUCCGUUCACGAUAUUCAAGCAUCCUACUUGGCUGCCUCUACGACUUCUACAAGCAGGCCUCGAACCAUCACUUCACUGGUGUUCCCUGCCGGAUCCAAGGUUGGAACCAAAAAGAUCCUAACCUUUAAACGGAAGGAAGACUUCAUAAUUAGCUUGGAUUAUAAGACCGCUGUUGCCCCAGGAUUCCCCACCCGCAUGUUGGAAGCCGAAAUAAUGGGUGUCGAAGAGGCUAUUGGCAACUUGACUGAGCGAGGCGCAGUUGACCCUGUCGUGAAAGCCACAUUGACACUGUCGGAGUCGGGCUUUGUCUCAAUUUCUGAUGCUAUUGCCUUUGGAGAGAUAAAGGACGAGAGCAUUGCAGGCAAAUUGAAAGGUUUCUUUGGCGGAAGUAGCGAAUCUCCAGACACAGCUACUGAAUCGGCUGAGCAUGCCCCCCCUCGCGAUACAGAGACGACGUCUGCUGCGUCUCCAUCUCCAUCUGAUGCCGACAAGAAACCUGCUCUAGUCGAGAACACCAUCUCUCUAAAUGUUUCUACCGGUUUCACUACGAUUGCACCCAUGACAGUGGCCGAGAAGAGGGCUGCCCGCAGCAGGCUACGAGCCUUGGAUGCAGAUGAAGUAGCCAAGAAUCGCAAGGAGGAAGCGAGGAAUACCUUUGAGACUUACCUUUAUAAACUUCGCGAUCUUCUUGAUGACGAGAACAAGCAGACCCCGUUCAAAAAAUGUUCACAACAGUCAGAGAGGCAAUCUAUUGCCGAUAAACUGGACGAACUUUUUGCUUGGUUGCACGAUCGAGGUGACUUAGCAGAGACCUCUCAAUUCCUUGAGAAACGCAUGUCUUUGGAAACCCUUGAAUGGCCGAUCAUUCACCGCUAUACCGAGAUAGAAGCAUUCCCACAGGCGUUGAACAAUAGCCAGAUGUGGAAUUGGAGCACUCGACUCUUCCUCACGGAGGCUCGGCAAAACUUAACGAAGGAAGCCGCGGAGGAUUUGCCAUCGAAGUGGACAAAGGAAGAACUUGAUGGGCUAGAGAAAACUCUGCGCGAGCAUGAGUCCUGGUUGAGCGAAUGGGUGGAAAAGCAGAAGAGCGUAAAGCCCCAUGAGGAUCCUGUGAUCGAGACGACGGAGAUGAAGGCGCGGGCUAAGGUCCUGGAGACCCAUCUGCACAAGCUGUGGAAGAGGAAGGUGCCGAAGAGGAAGCCUAAACCGACAACGACGACCGCGGAAGCUAAAGCUACAGAAGCCGCAGAGGAAGUUGUCGAGGAUGGUCAGGUUGAGGACGAGUAUAGACAAAUUCCCUUGGAAGAGCAGGGACACGAUGAACUGUAAUAAAGUACAUAAUUUUAUGUGGAUUUGUUCUCGAUU